AGGGAGGGACACCGCUGAGUUCCGCCUCAGCAGCCAUGGCCGCGUAGCGUCUUCUCGGCAGCCGCGCUCGGACAUGGGCCUGCCCCAUGCCGCCGGGCUGAGGCAACGAGUCCCCGCGGCGAUAUCGCUCUUCCUUAGAGAUGUAUGAAAGAUCCACCUAUAAAAUUGGAAGGGUUCAUUGAUGCCUCAGUGUUGUCAUUGUAUCGAUAUGGUGAUUAUAAGUGUGGAGGGAAAUGCAAUGCUUGGCAAAAGUGAGCGCAAUCUAGUCAAUACAGCCUGGAGCAGCAAGAGUUGAUCCUGACAAAAUGGAUGUGAUUCUGAAAAAUAUUGAUAGAGACUUCUAAGCAGCGGUACCAUCCUAGAAGGGACAUAAGUAACAACAUUAACAUGCCUGCUGUGGCAUCUGUACCUAAGGAGCUAUAUCUCUGUACUUCAUUGAAAGAUCUCAACAAGAAGACAGAAAUAAAACCUGAAAAGACGAGUACAAAGAGUUAUGUGCAGAGUGCCCUCAAGAUUUUCAAGGCAGCAGAGGAAAGCAGAUUGGACAGAGAUGAAGAAAAAGCUUACAUCCUAUAUAUGAAAUACGUGACUGUUUAUAACUUUAUUAAAAAGAGACCUGAUUUUAAGCAGCAACAGGAUUAUUUUCAUUCAAUUCUUGGACCUACAAAUUUAAAAAAAGCUAUUGAAGAAGCUGAAAGACUCUCAGACAGCCUUAAACUCAGAUAUGAGGAAGCUGAAGUUCGGAAGAAACUUGAAGAGAGGGACAGACAAGAGCUGCAAAAAAAGCAAGAACCAAAAGAUGAUGGAAAGAGUUCAGCCAAAAACUCCUCAGAAAGUGCUGUGGAUUCCAAAGGAAAGAGCCAAAGGUUUAAUGGUGAGAGGAAGCAUUCGCUGGAAAGAAAGGAUCAAUCUGACAGUCUGAGUGCUUCUGUAUUUCAAGGAGCCAUCACAGCUGAGAAACUGUUUGCAAUGAUGUCGGACAAAAAUAUUGAAUUGAUUAUAAUGGAUGCUCGAAGAUUGAAGGAUUAUCAGGAAUCCUGUAUUCCAAGAUCUAUCAGUGUUCCAGAAGAAGCUAUCAGUCCUGGAGUUACUACAAACUGGAUUGAAGCUAGACUCCCAGAGGAUUCUAGAGAUCCAUGGAAGAGGAGGGGACACUUUGAUUACGUUGUACUGCUAGACUGGUCUAGUUCUGCUGAAGACUUAAAGCUAGGAACAACUCUUCAGAGCCUGAAAGAUGCACUUUUUAAGUGGGAAAGCAAAACUAUACUGCAGAAUGAACCUUUAGUUCUAGAAGGAGGUUAUGAAAACUGGCUCCUUUGUUUUCCCCAGUACACAACAAAUGCUAAAGUAACUCCACCCCAGCAUAGCAGGAGUGAAGCUGUGACUGUUUCUUUGGAUUUUACAUAUCCAUCUCUGGAAGAGCCAGCUCCUCUUCCACCUGUUGUUGCUGUAAAGCCAUCUCCAGCACAAGUGAUUGAGAAUGAAGAAACAGGAGAUAAUUUGGAAGAGAGACUAAAAUCACUUAACAGACCAAAUGUACAGGAUGCUGCUGUUCCAAAAUCCGACAGUUCAGUUGUAGUUAAUCCAGUAUCGAUUACAAGAAGUAUCCCUGAGGUUGAUCGUACUAAAAAGCCUUUGCUAAAAAUCCCUGAUGAUAACAGACCAAAAUCUGAAAGUACAGUCAGUGACAGCCAGCCUGUUGAGAAUGGACGAAUAAUUCCAGACCGGUCCACAAAACCAUUACGUGAUGCAAAGAGCAUUCUGACAGAAGAAGAAAAAAGUCGUGUACAUGCAGAAACUGCUGCUCUGUUAGAGAAAAACAGACGGGAAAAAGAACUUCGUGAGAGGCAACAAGAAGAACAGAAAGAGAGACUUAAGCAAGAAAAAGAAGAACAAGAACAAAAAGCAAAAGAAGAACAGAAAGAAAAGGAACACAAAGAAAAGCUACAGCAAUCUAAAGAGGACAGAGAACAGAAGGAGAGUGAUGAACAAAUAAAAAAAGAACAGGAGGAAAAGGAACAAGAAAGAGCACGCAAAGAAGCAAUAGAAGCAAAAAAGCAAAAUAAAAAUGAACUAGAAAGCAUUGGUGCAAAAAGGAUUGAGAUUGACAAAAUAUCUGUGGAAGAAAGAGAAAAGGGGACUCGAACACCAGAAAUGCAGAGACGGGCACUGGUUGAUACAUCUCAGACCUUUGUGACUGUUUCAGGCAAGCAAACUGGGGUUAAAGGACAACCAGACAGUGGAGCUCAAAAGCCAGGACCCCUUAGAGAGGAUUCUGAACAAGAUACUGAAACACUUAAAUCUCAGCGGGAGCCAUUAAUGAGAGCGCGAAGUGAAGAAAUGGGAAGAAUAAUACCAGGACUGCCUGCAGGUUGGGCAAAGUUUCUGGAUCCAAUCACUGGAACCUUUCGUUACUAUCACUCGCCAACAAAUACUGUUCAUAUGUAUCCACCAGAAAUGGCUCCUUCAUCCACUCCUCCAUCAACCCCUCCAACUCAUAAACCCAAGCCACAGGUGACUGUUGAACGAGAAAGAGAACACUCCAAACUGAAGCGCUCCUACUCUUCCCCAGAUAUAACCCAAGCCAUUCAGGAGGAAGAGAAGAAAAGAAUUCCUGUAACUCCUGCAGUGAAUCGUGACAAUAAACCAGUCUGUUACACUAAAGCAGAAAUUUCAAGACUCUCUGCAUCGCAAAUUCGGAAUCUUAAUCCUGUGUUUGGGGGAUCGGGACCAGCUCUCACAGGACUUCGUAAUCUAGGGAACACUUGCUAUAUGAAUUCCAUAUUACAGUGUCUGUGCAAUGCACCUCACCUGGCUGAUUAUUUUAACAGAAACUUGUAUCAAGAUGAUAUUAACAGAUCAAAUUUCCUGGGGCAUAAAGGUGAAGUGGCUGAAGAGUUUGGUGUAAUAAUGAAAGCUUUAUGGACAGGACAGUAUAAAUAUAUCAGUCCAAAAGACUUUAAAAUUACAAUUGGGAAGAUUAAUGACCAAUUUGCAGGAUAUAGCCAACAGGACUCCCAAGAAUUGCUUCUCUUUCUAAUGGAUGGCUUGCAUGAAGACCUAAAUAAAGCUGACAACAGGAAAAGAUACAAGGAAGAAAACAAUGAUCAUCUCGAUGACUUCAGAGCAGCAGAACUAGCCUGGCACAAACACAAACAGCUAAAUGAAUCCAUUAUUGUGGCACUCUUUCAAGGCCAGUUCAAAUCUACAGUGCAGUGUCUUACAUGUCACAAGAAGUCCCGCACCUUUGAGGCUUUCAUGUAUUUGUCAUUACCGCUUGCAUCCACUAGUAAAUGUACACUGCAGGAAUGCCUUAGAUUAUUCUCCAAAGAGGAAAAGCUCACUGAUAACAAUAGGUUUUACUGUAGCCAUUGCAAAACUCGAAGGGAUUCUUUGAAAAAAAUAGAAAUUUGGAAAUUGCCACCUGUUCUUCUUGUGCACUUGAAACGAUUUUCCUAUGAUGGAAGAUGGAAACAAAAGCUUCAAACUUCUGUAGAUUUCCCAUUGGAAACUCUUGACCUUUCACAGUAUGUUAUUGGUCCAAAGAAUAACUUGAAGAGAUACAAUCUGUUUUCAGUAUCAAAUCAUUAUGGCGGGUUGGAUGGAGGACACUACACAGCCUACUGCAAAAAUGCUUCAAAACAACGCUGGUUUAAGUUUGAUGACCAUGAAGUAUCUGAGAUCUCAGCAUCAUCUGUGAAAUCUUCAGCCGCAUAUAUUCUCUUUUACACUUCUUAUGAACAGCGAGCAGUGGACAUGGCCACGUAAAGCAGUGUGGGUUAAGAAAACUGGUUUUCUUUUUAUAAGAGCAAAGUAGGUAUGGGAACGCAUAGAAAUAUGCAAAACUAUGAUAAACAUAGUCACGUACAGAUAUGGGGAUGAUUGCAGCAGCUUUUCUGCAAAGAAGCUCUUUCUGGUCAGUACUAGUGCUUAAAAAUCAGAAGACUGAUUAAUAAUGCUUGUGGUAAUACUGCCAUCUGUGAAACCAUUUAAAAAGCAUACUUGCAUUACCAUUUACUUAAAAAACAACUAUAUUUUUAGUCUGCUCCAAAAUUAAAUUCUAGCUUAGUCAUCUGAAAUCUAUUAACAAGUAGUUUAAAAUGUCUUAAAAUCCCAAGGCAUAUCUUGAUUUUUAUUUUUUUUUCUUUCACUGUUACGGCCUUUUCACAUUUCUAACCUUAAGCUUGAUUCUACUGUGAAUACUCUAGAAUGAUGUAAACAGUUAGGAAUGUAAGUGUACAUAUUGAUUGCAUACUUGCACAUCAGAACUAUGUAUAUAAUAAAAUGUUGUCCUUUUUGUGAGAAUCUCUAAAACUCAGAGGAUUGCAUUUAUUUGCCAGCUCUAAGUAAUUGCAACACUACUUAAUAAAAAAGCAGAGCUGUAUUUUUUUUCUGUUAGCUUUUGUCAAUAUUUGUGCACUUCAGAAUUAUUCUAAACAAACAAGAUUUUUCCUUUUUAAUUUUUUAAUAUAAAUUUUCAUGUACACAUGCAUUAAAAACCUUAAUGAAGAAAUGAUUUAAAAAUAUAUCCUGUUAAAUGUA